CGUACCACCUGCAUGAUGUGCGGUACGGUACGGUAUGGUACAAACGUACGUGUCACACUUCGCGGCCUGCAUGUGCCACUAUGCCGUCAUAAUAGGAACUCUGUGCUUUAGUGAUCUUCGUCGCGUCGGACAUACAGAAAUUAAUUUCUCACGUGAGCGGGAAGAAAAACAGGCAGAAUAAAAAGAAAUUUGACAAGUUCAACGUGAGUGAAUUCCACUUGUUUUGUAAACACUAGUAUUUUAUGGAUGCUUUAAAGUUUAUGUUUUACCAUAAAAGGAAAAGACAAGAGUUGCCUUUCCAACAGUAUGGAGCUAUAAAAAGUGUUAUUUGCAUCGAUCUCAAUGCUUUUUGUGGACACUCCAUGAAACAACGAAGUUAGGCCGUGGAGUAGCAAAUGGGCGAAGUGGUGCGAUGAUGGGCAACUUGCAGCGACAUGUACAUGUGGCUUAAAUAUUUGCUUUUAGCUUUGGGCUCGACUCAGUGAACAGCAUGGCUGACGACGAAGUGAAGGCUCUGCAGGGAAUUUUCUGUGGAGAUGGGGAGUUUGAAUUAUUGCUAAAUUCAGAUGGUGAACAGAGUUUUUCCAUUUGUGUAACUUGCCAACCAUCAGAGACAACAACUGUGGACCAAACAUCAGACACUUUGAAGAUUUCCUUGCAGUGUUUCCUUCCAUCUGGCUAUCCUCAUGAACCUCCUUCCAUCUCAUUAGCAUGUGGCCGCGUGACUAAACAGUCAGCAAAUCAGCUGCAAGAUGAACUUCGUGAAUAUUCAAAAUCAUUGCUGGGUCAGCCAAUGAUCAUGGAGCUUGUAUACUGGCUGCAGAAAAAUGGAACGAGGCUCACAGCUGCAUUGGUUAAAAAUCGGGAUACAAGUAACAGAAAAGGUGGUGAUGACAGCACACCGUAUGUCACCAUUCUUCAUAUUGAUUACAUGCGCUCUCGAGUCCGUUACAUCAAGACCCUUGUCAGCUGGGCUGCCGAGCUCUCACUGGUUGGACGACUCCUGUUCCUACAUCAUCUUAUCCUGGUUUUGUUGAUUGGAACAGAGGACUGUGUUAAGGAUUUUCUCAUGAGACUUCGGACGCAGAAGGUUGAUAUUGAUUCAAGUGGAAGAAGCUGUAAGGAGCGGAUGUUGACGGUGUUGAUGCAGGGUUUGCAUCCGAGACCCUCAGAUAGCAGGUUGAUUGACUUUCAGGUCCGUGAGUGUUCCGCCACAGAGGAGCUGGAAGAUGUCUUUCUUGCAGCAGGUCUGACAGAUGGUCUCAAGAGUGCAGUUUUACCAAAGUUUCCCCACCUACAAAGAUCAUCCUGCAAAAACAGCAGCAAAAGAUGACUUAAGCCUUAGUAAAAUUGUCUAAUAGGGGCCUCUGAACAUUUUUCUAUGUUUACAUUAUGAUGUUAACUUUAAUAUUUUAUUUUGUCAUUCUUUAUUCGAAGCAAAUAAAAUAUAUACAUGGAUAAAUAAGGCUUUUAUUUUGGUUUAAGUUGUCUUGGAUGUUCAAGUUGUCUUCACUUAGUAAUUUUGGGCUUGGGAAGGACCAAACUUUGUUU